UCAUGCCUACCCAACUGCUAUUUAGGUCAUCCUCGUCUGCAAUGUUUCGUGUCACAUGCAGGACUGAAUAGUGUUUUGGAGGUGUCAAGAAGCGGAAAACCGUCAAUUCUGGUGCCGAUUUGCGCUGAUCAAAUAAGAAACGCGCGGUUCACUGAAGUGAAAAAUACAACGAUUGUAAUAACAAAAGAAGAGUUCAGUCGCGAUACAUUUGCAGCUGCUCUCGAAAAAGUUCUUCGUGAUAAGAGCUACUCGCAGCGGGCGAAGCGCUUGGCAUCUGUUAUGGUGAACAAACCAUUUUCGGUGAGAGAUAGAGUGCUUAGAACUGUUGAAUUCUCCAUUCGGCACGGCCGGAUUUAUGAUCUCGACUAUGGAAAGCAUUUGAACACAAUACAGUAUUAUAGUGUAGAUGUUGUUGCUUUCUUAGCAGUUUUUCUUUUAUCUUUCAUAUUAAUUUUGUACUACACGUGCAGAUUCUUUUGCCGAAAAAUAUCUCGAAUAAAAAAUAAAAAUGAU